AUGGAAAACUGUCUCAAAUGUGAAGACAAUGAAUGGCCAAAUCAGGAGAAAACCAUGUGUAUUGAGAAGCAAAUUGAAUUUCUUUCCUAUAAAGAUGAUUCCAUAACUCUAGCCUUUAUUAUCAUAUAUAUUGUGCUUUUUAUAAUGGCAGCAGUUAUACUGGGAAUCUUUAUUUCAUUUCAAGACACUCCAGUAGUGAAAGCCAAUAAUCGAAAUCUGAGCUUUAUUCUCCUUGUCUCCAUCAAGCUGAGUUUCCUCUCUGUAUUUCUGUUCCUUGGCCAACCUACUGAUAUAACCUGCAUGCUCCGGCAAACCUCUUUUGGAAUUUCCUUCUGCAUUGCUGUAUCAUGUGUUUUGGCAAAGACUAUAAUGGUUUGCAUUGCAUUCAAAGCCACUAAGCCUGGGAGCCCCUGGAGUAAAUGGGUUGGGGUAAAAGUGGCAAACGUGCUUGUUUUUAUUUGCUCAUUAAUUCAGUGUCUGAUUAGUGUUAUAUGGUUAGUCAUUUUACCUCCAUAUGUGGAGCACAAUAUUCAUUCUGAACCUGGAAAAAUCAUCAUUCAGUGCAAUGAGGGCUCAGUAGUUGCCUUCUAUAUUGUCCUCUCCUACAUGGGAUUGUUGGCAUCUGUGAGUUUCAUUGUAGCUUUCUUGGCUCGGACAUUACCGGACAGUUUUAAUGAGGCCAAGUACAUCACUUUCAGCAUGUUGCUCUUCUGCAGUGUUUGGAUCACAAUGAUCCCGGCCUAUCUGAGCACCAAAGGCAAAUACAUGGUGGCAGUGGAGAUAUUUGCCAUAAUCACUUCUAGCUCUGGUCUUCUCUUCUGUAUAUUUCUACCCAAAUGUUACAUAAUAUUAUUCAAACCAGAGAUGAACACAAAACAAUAUUUGUUGGGAAAAAGUAAUACAUAACGGCUAAUUUACCAAGUGCAGGACUGGGUUUGAAGUAGACAAGUGUGAACUGCCAUGUUUUUGUAUCCUCUAAGUUUGGGAGAACCAAUGGAGCAAUCAUGCUAUAUAGCCUAGUCCUUACCUUGAGGCAAGGCUAUAUAGUUUUUAUCCUCUCUCAGUGCUCUGUACACAUGAUACCAUAUUAUUAAUAUAGCCUGUGAUGUGCUUUGAGAAUGAACCCUUGCAGUAGGAACAUAUAAAAAUGAACCCCUAUUUUAAUAUGCUCAUGGACAAAACCCAAAUAAGUUCAUUUUGGAAUUACAGAAGAAAAAAAUGUGAUUGCCUCAGUACUCAUGCAUUCGAACUAAGGGGUUUA